ACCCGGAAGCGAUUUCCCUUCCAGGUGACACUUCGGCAGCACCUCGACCGGGGCAGUGAGCUGGCACCGGCGGUGAAGCAGCCCGGGGUUUUCCUUUCUUCCUCCUCCUGCCAUCUUUUUCCCGGCGUAUGUUCUGUCGUUGCCUCUUGGCUACCGCGGUUCGUGUUAGUUCCCUAUCUCUUCGGCUCAGCACUGUUGUUGCCGCUCCUUCCUCCUCCUCUUCGCGCCGGCUGAUCUUCAUGAAGCCGGUGGUUGUAUUUGUUCUUGGCGGGCCCGGAGCCGGAAAGGGGACCCAGUGUUCCCUUAUAGUGGAGAAAUAUGGUUACACCCACCUCUCUGCAGGUGACCUCCUUCGGGAUGAGAGAAAGAGACCAGGUUCCCAAUAUGGAGAGCUUAUUGAAAAUUAUAUUAAAGAUGGGAAGAUUGUACCUGUUGAGAUAACUAUCAGCUUGUUAAAGAGGGCUAUGGCUGAAACUAUGGCAGCCAAUGCACAGAAGAAUAAAUUCUUAAUUGAUGGAUUUCCCAGAAAUGAAGACAACCUUCAGGGCUGGAACAAAACAAUGGAUGGAAAAGCAGAUGUGUCCUUUGUUCUCUUUUUUGAUUGUGAUAAUGAGGUAUGUAUUAACCGCUGCCUUGAGAGGGGAAAGAGCAGUGGAAGAAGUGAUGACAACAGAGAGAGUUUGGAGAAGAGAAUUCAUACGUACCUAGAGUCUACUAAGCCCAUAGUAGAUCUCUAUGAGAAGACAGGCAAAGUUAGGAAAGUAGAUGCCUCCAAAUCUGUUGAUGAGGUUUUUGGUGAAGUUGUGACCAUCUUUGAUAAAGAAGGCUAGUUCCUUACUUGAAGUGUCUUUUCAAACAUGCUUGAAUCUUGUUUAGGAACUGCUACUGUAGACCAUUUUUAUAAUGGUGAUAAAAUAUGCCUUUAAAAUACUUCUGUGUUAAGAACAAUUUAAAAUGGUUAAUUAAUUGAAAACAUGGUUUAAAUUGGUUUAAAUAUGACUUUUAAGUGACUUGUCAAUAAGGUAGAUAUCUUGAAAUUGACUUGAAGCUGGUGAAGAACCCAAAUCACAAAAUAAAACUAGUAAUGACAUACUAAACAUACCUAUUUCCAGAAAACAUCUGGCUAUAUUUUCAUUCUUUUUCUUACUGCCAAAAGCCAUGAUCUUCCUCCUCCUCCUUUUCAAAGAAUCCCAAACAGUGAAAUUGUAAAUAUGAAUGAGAGGGCUUAUUGACUUAAAAAAAAUUGGACCAAAAAUGGGGAAAUUGCAUAGGUGGUUUUAUUUUUAAAAAAUACUGUUUUGAAUGAGAGGCAGUUUCAGUAAACAAAGCUUUAAACAGACCAUAUCUUUUUGCUUUCUCACUUCCUAUCUGGUUGCUAUAAAGCAGUGACUCUUCUGAGACAUGCUAAUUAUGUUACUUAGAAAAGUUAAAGUUGAUUUAACAUUUGGAUAUCCUCCUCACACCUUCUCCACACAUUUUUGAGGCCUGUGACAAAGGGGCCAUUCAGUAUAUUGCCUGUAAAAUGCCUGUGAAUGGGGAGAGGGUCUGUUUCUCCUUUCUAAAAGAAAAUGGGCAGCUUCAGUAUCUGAGGGUCACAUAGAUUAUAGUUUAUGACUAGGGGAUUGCAUCCAACCUAGGUUAGUAGGACUUAGGUUUAAUAGAAAUCAGUGUGAAAAGUAAGUCAUAGCUAAUUUAAGUUGUGUUGAUCUCAGUGGGAUCCAAGUGCAAUAAACCUUCGGUGAAUCCAAACUGGUGUGUUUAGGGCUGAUGUUUCUGAUUACAGAGGUGCCAUUUAUUUGCAUGUGCCUAUCUCUUUACAAGUCAUAUGGGCAUUGAAAAUUUGUGGCACAUAAAAGGUUAAGAUGGUUGAAUUUUGGAAUCUGAUGUUUAAGAGCAGCUGGGACAUCAACAUACUAUUGUUACAUAUCUCUAGCUGCAUUUUAAAAUAUUCUAUUAGAUGUUUUGUAACAACAUUGCUUAUUUAUUCAGUGACUUAAAGUGUAUUUGUUCUAGAUAGUAUGAUUGUUUCGUCUCCUAAAACUGUGCAGCUUGAACAACACUUUGACACAAUUAUACUUUUGAUAUGAUUUGACCAAUAUAAAAGGAACUUUCUUUAUAUCUCAGUUAAGCAUGCUGUUUUAAUUGUCUAAACUGAAUGUUGUGCUGCUGGUGGAAAAAAGUUCUCCAAAAAUGGGUAGUCAGAAGGCAAAAUAAAGCAAAAUGUUUGCAUGGUUGUGCAGCCAAAAUGCAACACUGGUUAGGGUUAUGGGUUGCAUCCUCAGUGCUCAUAAGCCUCUAAACUUGGAGGCUUAGAAGUAUCCUGUGCAGAGUGAGAGAAGUGGCGGAGGCAAACUUCACCUCCCCAAUACUCCCGCUCUGUGAGCCAGCCAGUUUCUGCCAUCUAGCUGUGGCACUUCAGACAGGGAAGGAGACUAGCCCCAGUCUCCUUUCAGAAUGCUUCUCUUUAGCCCUUCCCUGAAAUUAGAGAAGCAGCUAGUGAAGUUCUUUCCACCCUGGUUGCAAAGUUGGGAAGGGAGAUCUGUGCAUGGAUCCCCAGCUCCAGUGCUGGAGUCUUGGAUCUGGGAAUCUGAAGAAUCCUGUGGCCCUCCAGACACUGUCUAGGGGCCAUAGCACUGCUCUGUUAAUUAGAUAUGUGUCCUAUUACUAUCUUUUCUGUUUAAAAUGUUCCCUUUCAGUAUCUGGAAAAAACGGUUAUUUUUCAGUAUCAGCUGCCAUUUGAACUGACUUUUGUUUACAAUUGUGGGUUAUUUUUCUUGGUCAUGUAUAUCUUGCACAGCAUAAUAGCAUUUAGUGAUUCAUUUUGUCUUUUAAUUAAAAUACAAUGAAGGGUCUAUAAUUGAUUUCAAACAGCUACAUCUUUGUUUUCUGUGCUUUGAUUUUUCUAGAAGUAGAAAGACCGUGUGGAAAUGUGAUAUGAGGAAUGAGAACUUUAUGCAUAAAAGUGUUACUGAGAACGUCAUAGAAUUUGAAAAUAAAUAAAUUUUAAUCAA